GCAAGGGAGAAGAAAAGUGUGGCUGGCAGGACUUUUAAAAGUACACACAAGUGGCCCUGAUCCAGGACUGAUGAAUCCUCUCCCCAAAAAGAAUUUGAAGAGACUGCAACCCACAAAGAGUUAAAUCUCCUCUUGCACCGUCUGAGAAACUUGCACUUUCUGAGAAACUUUUAUUAAAAUGUAGGGUCAUUCCUGUCCCCAGCUGGCCAAAAGCCUGUGAGCAUCAUGGACAUCCAGACAGAAGCAGUUUCCAUGCCUGAAGGGCCAGCAGAGCCCAUAGAGGCUCCCCCCAUGGAUUUAGAGGAGAACAUAACAGGAGUGGAAGGAGCUCCACCACACGACUUGAGAGAAGAUGAUCGCGCCAUCCUGCCACAGCCUGGAAGCCUGCAGUUUGUUCUGUUGUCCAGCAACAUGGAAUCCAGGCCCCGUGAUGCUGGGCUAGCAGACACUCGGAAAGACCCAGACAACCCAGAGGGCUCCAUAUGGUUUCCAGACCCCCCAAGUUCCAAUCCUCAGGGAGCUACAGAGGACGGUGUCAGGAAUGUCGUGGGAGAGGGUGCUGCUGACACCGUGGCCUUGGAGGGUAGCACUAGCUGGACCAGGAAUACAGGCAAAGACUCAGAGGCAGGGAGCAGGCCUCAGGCCCCACCUAAUGCUGACCAGCUCAUGGAUUUGGAGGAGGGGGGCGAAGAAGACUGCCCAGAGGCCAACCAGAUCCAAGGCCUGCUUGCCCAGAUCCAAAGACUUGGCCCCAAUUUCCAUGACAGCUCGCCCAAUUCAGAAGACAGCGAGGAGGGGCAGGCGUUUGAGGAAGAGAGAGGCCCGCUGCUCAACCCUGUUGUCGAGACCGAGUGCCGGGGGCUGGUAGGGGAAUGCGCCCCUUGCCCACUGCACCUUGCCAUGAAGCACAGCUUGGGAGCAGCUUCCCAUCGGAUUCUGCAAUCCGCCCGUGAGUGGAGGGGCCAGGGAAGCCACGGGCUGCUUUCAGUCGAGGCUGAUGGUGAGGACCUCCUGAGUCUUUUGCGCUAUGAAGGGGGAGUCCCUGCUGAGCAGAAUGACCAGAUGCCACUGGCCCAUUCCAAUGUGGUGGCAGGGACGAGCUGCCAGGCAGCACAGGAGACGCCGGCGUGGCCUGAUGGACCUCUGGAUGCCACCUUUCACAACUCGGACCAGCUGAGGAGGAAAGCGCCCCGUCGGUGGUUGGUGAGUGGGGUCACUGGUCAAGAAGAUCCCAAUGCCGUGGAUUCCAGUGCGGGAGCCAGCAAGCAGGAGAGCUCACCAGAACCAGAGUGGAGAGCAGUGGCCGAGGGUUUUAGCCAUGGUGGAGAGCCGUUUCCCCCUGUAGAUGUGGCUAAGAAAGCUGAUCUGUCUUCCUUCCCGGCUUACAAGGAAGUACCAGGUCCCUGUGAGCCCGAGGAUCUACUAGAUGGAGUAAUCUUUGGGGCUAAGUACCUGGGCUCCACCCAGCUGAUCUCAGAGAGGACCCCUCCCACCAGCAUCCGAAUGGCCCAGGCACAGGAAGCUGUGGACAGGAUUAAGGCUCCAGAGGGAGAAUCCCAGCCCAUGACGGAAGUGGAUCUCUUUGUCUCCACGCAGAGGAUUAAAGUUCUCACGGCUGACUCUCAGGAAGCCAUGAUGGACCAUCCCCUCCAUACCAUCUCGUUCAUAGCUGACAUUGGCAAUAUUGUGGUGCUCAUGGCCCGUAGGAAACUACCUCGCCAGUCAGAUGCUUCUACGAAAAAGCAGCUCUACAAAAUGAUCUGCCAUGUCUUCCACUCAGCUGAUGCUCAGUUGAUAGCUCAGGCAAUUGGCCAAGCCUUCAAUGUGGCAUAUCAGCAUUUCCUGUGUGCAAGUGGUAUCGACCCAAACCAGCUGGGUCCUCGUCAGGAUGACGACAAUGACAACGCUCUGGCCAAGGGGGAGGACCUGUACAAUGGGGAUUUGGCUCACUUCUCCAAGCAAGAGAACUGUAAGGAAGUCUUCAUCCAUAAACAAAAAGGGGAGAUCUUGGGAAUUGUGAUUGUCGAGUCAGGCUGGGGCUCCAUUUUGCCCACCGUUGUCAUCGCCAACCUCAUGCACGGGGGAUCAGCAGAGACAUCAGGGAGUCUGAGCAUCGGGGAUCGCAUUAUGUCCAUCAACGGGACCAGCCUGGUGGGGUUGCCCCUUGGCACAUGCCAGAACAUCAUUCGGGAUUUGAAAAACCAGACCGAAGUGACCUUGAAAGUUGUGCACUGUCCCCCAGUAACAACAGCCAUUGUUCGGCGGCCUGACACAAAAUACCCUCUGGGAUUCUGUGUCGAAAACGGCAUUAUCUGCAGCCUCAUGCGUGGUGGGAUUGCAGAGCGGGGCGGCAUCCGGGUAGGGCACCGCAUCAUCGAGAUCAAUGGGCAGAGUGUGGUGGCCAUGGCACAUGAGAAGAUUAUCCAGAUUCUUACGCAGGCCGUCAGCGAGGUGCACAUCAAAACAAUGCCAGCUUCAACAUACCGCCUCCUGACAGGCCAGGAGCAACCUGUCUUCCUUUGAAAGGAGGCAGUUCAGGUGUCUCUUAUGUUCACAUAACGCCACCUGUGUCCCCUACACACGAAGCCAGCCUCUGCAGUGACGUCCCCAAUCCUGCCUGCCUUUUGAGUUCUGAGGAGGAGUUUGGUUUUUUAAAUAGGUGAAGGACAGAAUGUAAGCAGUUUGGCUGGGCGGGGGGAGGGAGGGCAGCUCUGCACUUGGAUGGUGCAAACUGGAACAGGGUCUUUUCCUCCUGUGAUUCUGAGUGCAAGUGAGACCUUCACUUGAAACUUGCCCCCAGCCUGUCCUCAAAGCUGCAGCAGCGCAAGGGGGCAGAGUGGACCUGUACCAUUUCAGGCUGCAACUGUGGCGUGGGUAGAAUCACAUCUUGUUAAUGUCCUCCUGCUUUUUUUUUCUUGUUUGGUUGGUUCAGCAAAAAUUUCUCUCCCAUUCUGCAAGCAGGAAGAUGUUGACAUGCAUUAAAAAAUGACGGCACUCCCCUGGCUGCUGUUUGAAGUGGUACAGUCCACUCUCACCUCAUGAUUCUACCACCGCCUGGUUCAUCCAUGCUGAGAAAUGAGCUCUGAGACGCUAGGAUGGGCCACACCAACCUGCUGCGAAAUCCCAGCUUCAGGGUGCUUUUUAGGCAAAAGAACAUUCAAAGCUGGAAUGCACCCUUCUGAAAGCCAAAUUGGAGCAAUCCAUUCGCUCUUUUAUAGGCUACCACCAUUCCCUUGCAUGUGUGAAAACACACAUGCUACUCUCCCUCCGUCACACAUACACGCUCACACUCACUCACCACCACUCCCCAAGCUGGUGACUUUCCUAGCUGGCCCUUCUCGCCCACACCGUUUGCUGGUCUCGGCAAUCUCUUCGGAAUGCUUCAGCUCUCCUGGGUGGUCGCAGGAUAUACAAGAUUUUGGAUGGGGUGCAGGAGAGGGAGACUGCCUUGAGACCUUCCCUUCCGGCCCCCAACUUCUUUUGACAUACCACGGGGUGGGGAGGCAGGUCAGUCCCUUGACCUUCCAAUGCGCCCCACGCCCCAGCCUGUCAUUCCAUUCUUUGCUGGAAUUCCCGCAAAGAAUGGUAGUGGAUUCUGCCAGAUAGUUUUUCUGUCCUGAAGCCAGCAUGCAUACACAGUCUCAGCAGGAGAUCUUGAACACUCCACUCUUGCUCUAGAAAGUUCACACACACAGCUGUAGUCCAGGGUGAGCCUAGCUUUUCAGAAAAGCAGGCUAUGCAAGACUGAAGUCAGGCCUUCCCUGGGAUGUAAGCAAGACUGGCCCUGCAUCUGAGGAAGAGGGGCACCCCUGUGCUCACAGUUGUACACAAUGCAUCAAAGCAGUGCCCAAAUGUGCUCUCUGCAGAUUGCCUUUGAUUUGAGGUGUGGCUGUUUAAGAACCUGCUGCUGCUGCCAGCUUCUAGCCCUGAGAGCCAGGAAAAGGUGAGGCAUCGCAUACAUGCAGGUCUGCCUCUGUUGCAAAUCCAAGGAAAUCUUGUUUGCAAUUUUUACCACAAUCUGAGAAUAAAGGGGCUUUGAGAGUUGGG